CCGCGCGCACACACACUCAGAUACAAUGCUGCUCCCAGCGAGCCUGCUGAUUGGCCUGCUGUGCCUGAGCCAUGUGGGGGGUGCGUGGGGUUUUGCCCGUCUGCUGGAUGACGUGGAGCUGCGCUCGGCUUUCUCUGUGGCACGCACCAACAGCAUGGAGGGCGGGCCCAAGAUGACUGUGACCUUCGACACUGUUUACGUCAACAUCGGAGGGGAUUUUGAUCCCAAGGCUGGCAUGCUGCGCUGCCGUAUCCCCGGGGCCUACUACUUCUCCUUCACAGUGGGCAAGUUUCCACACAAAGACCUGUCUGUGAUGCUGAUGAAGAACAGGAACGAGGUGCAGGCCAUCGUGUACGAGGAAAACGCCGGAGAGGAGAGGAAGGUGCAGAGCCAGAGCGUCAUGCUGCAGCUGGAGUUCGGUGACACCGUCUGGCUCCGUCUCCAUGGUGACCCUCGCUACGCGCUCUACAGCAACACCGGACACUACACCACCUUCAACGGCUACCUCGUCUACCCCGAUACCUACGGCUACCAGACACACCACCACCAGCAUCACCCUGCCUCCCAGCAGCCCCAGCAGGACAACACGCCCCUGUUAGACAGCAACCAGGCCACAGAGCAUGGCAGGUCUGCAUCAAGAGACACGGAGGAGGAGAAGGAGCUGCAACGUAGGGAGGAAGAGGAGGAGGAGGAUGAGGAGGAUGAAGAGGAUGACCAGAGAUCUGCCUUCUCAGUGGGGCGCACCCAGAGCAUCGUGGGAGUAGACCAAGUGGGCAUGCCGCAGCACCAGCCGGUCAGCUUCGACACAGCGUUCGUCAACAUCGGAGAAGACUUCAACGUGACGGAGGGGGUGUUCACCUGCCGCGUCCCCGGGGCCUACUACUUCUCCUUCAACGUGGGCAAGCUGCCGCAGAAGACGCUGUCCGUCAAGCUGAUGAAGAACCGUCUAGAGGUGCAGGCGAUGAUCUACGACGACAGCCAGGGCGAGAAAGCUCUGCAGAGUCAGAGCCUGAUGCUGUCGCUGAAACCAGGAGACACCGUCUGGCUCUACUCCCACCAGAGAGACGGCUUUGGGGCUUACAGCAACCACGCCAAGUACAUCACAUUCACCGGCUUCCUGGUUUAUCCGGACUUCCCCGCCACCACCACCACCACUAAAACCACCAGCCAAUCAGAUGUAAACAAGAAACCCUAG